ACACCGCAUAAAUUCAUAUCUAAAUAGAAGUAUAAUUUGACAUUUAUCGUACUUUUUUAGAGGGUAGAAUGCCACAAAGAAUAUUUUCUGUACUUUUUACGCUGAACGCUAUUUUUGGAAUCGUGUGCGGUCAGUCGGGGGCCCCCAGCACUUCCAGCCCCGUUACAGGGACCAAGAGCAGCAACACGAGCGCCCCGGAUAAAAGUGACUAUGAAAAAAGUCUUCAAGAGUGUGUGAAGAAAAUGCUGCUUUUAUCUGAAAGUGGCGGAGGAGGGACGCCGUUGGGCGCUAACCGCAAUGAUCCGGCGGCAUCCCGGCCGCGGUCGGAUAACGUGCUGGACAUCACCGAUCUGUCCGUUUAUUACAGCGCCUUGAACGGCCUAUUAGCCUUUUACACGGGGAUUUUAACGAAAGAUUUUCUGGAUGAGUUACCGAAAACGCUGGUGUGCAUUUUGUCAGGUAGAGAGGACUGCGGCUUGGAAGCGGAGUCCACGAAAGGUUUCAUGGCGCAGAUGGAGACCAAUGUGCGCUCCCUCCUCUCGUCGCUGAAAAGCCACACGUGUCUGUCCUCAUCUUCCAGCGACAGGAAUUCAUAUGCAUCAGGCUUUCAGAAUAUCUUUCAGAUGGGAGCUUCGGCAAUGACACAGUUAGUCUCUAUUCAGGAAUUCUUCAUGUCCUCUUUGGUUUACAUGCCCAAAUACCUCUCUGAGUACCUGCUGGCCGGCUGGCGUGUCUUCACUGACCUGACCUUCCCCCCGUUAGUCAAAUACCUUUCCGGCGUUGUCAUCAAAUAUGUCCAAACCCCUAUAGACUAUGUAAAAAUCGGAUUACAGUUCUUCAUUAAAAUCCCUGUUUUAAACCAAAGUGGACAAUGUUAUCAAGGGGAUUUGAAGCAGCUAAUAAUGUGGGGAAUGAAUCACAACGUGAGUUGGUCCUUUGGCGAGUCAAUCCUGGAUAUUUUCCUGACACCGGAACCAGCACCUUGCAGCUACAUGAGCUUUGGAUGCCAUGGUGCUCCUAGCAGUCCUUCACCCCGGACGCUGGCCACGGAGAUCCCCCCUCCCCUACUGCACUGUGACCAGCAUCACAUCUCCAGCCUCAAUGAAACUUUCUGCUCGGAGUUCCUCUCCCUGGGGCCACAGAAGCCGGCUGUGAUCUUCUCCUUCUGUCAGGCGAUGAGUGUCCUCAACGCCACGCAGAUGGACCGGACCUGGAGGAAUGGGUGUCGUUUAAUUCGCUCACUGCUGUCACCCUUUCUGAACGAGUCUGGUUGUGUUGGGGUUUUCCCCUUCCAGUCACAAGGAGUCAGGUCGCCCCUCAGCCUCAGCCAGCUGUUAUGUGAUUACAAGAACUGGAGCAGUUUGAAUCGUGUGGACCCAGCCUUGGUAACCUUGUGCAGUGACAAUGACAGGACAGAAUUUAUCCGGGUGGUGUGCCACACUGUCAGCCUGAUGCAUCUCCUGGUUGUAGACACUAACAAUGCCUGGGUAUGGAAUUUCUGCUCCAACUUUUCAGACACCAAUGUCAUACACCUUUAUUGUACCUAUGAGACCUGGCGGCUAAAUAUGGUGGAUGUCUCCCUUGUUUCGUUCUGCUGGAACAUGGACCGGCAACGACUGGAGAAGCUGCUCUGCGAUGAUGUGGAUUUUUACAUGCGGUUUUUCUCUGAGACGCAGAACGCCUGGCUGUCCCUCAGCUGUGAAAAUCUGGAGCCACCUGUAUCAAUGGACAUCGCCGCCCUAGUGGCUGGGACCUGUCGCUACUCAGAUUGGAGAAAACCCGCCCUGGUACCUGGAGAUGUUCUCCAGUUGUGCGUUCAACAUGACGAGCUUGGCUUUGUCCAGGCCAUAUGCUCAAAUUCCACUUUCCUGACAACGUUGCUGCAAAACGUGAUGAACUCAUGGGUGGGUGAUCUCUGCAAGGUGGCCCUUAGCUCCGUGAUUAUGAGUUCCCCCAAUGUCCUGGGCAUCAAAGACUGGUGCAACUACCGAGAGUGGACAGUGAAAACGGUGGACCCCUCAGUAGUCGGCUUCUGCUGGCAAUAUGACCAGAUCAGCUUCCACAAAAAUGUGUGCUGCAUCAUGCCCAUUUAUGAGAAGCUCAUUCUUGUGUCGGGGAACGAGUGGCUGACAUCGGUGUGCUCUGACCUGGAGAUGGUGGAUGUGUUGCCGCAGGUUUGCCGCUAUGAUGACUGGGGCACCCCGACGAUAGUGGACAUGACUGACCUGGCCCUCUGCGCAGAACUUGAUUCCCAGAACUUCACUCGGAGAGUUUGUGCCAACGCCACCGUGCUGAGGAACCUGCUGGCCAACCUGGAUAAUACCUGGCUUCUGCAACACUGCAGCAACCGCUCGGGCGGGAACAGUCCGACUGCUGCCGGGGAAGACCUGCUAGGGUUCCGGCCCGCUGAGCAGUGCCAGUACCACAGCUGGAAAGUGGCUCUCCCAGAUGCGGCCCUACUGGCCCUGUGCUGGGAUUACGACCAGGCCAACUUCGUGUCCACCAUCUGCAGUGACAGCCUGCUGCUCUCCCAGCUGAGCCAGGAGCCUUACAGUGUGUGGGUUGCCACAAUCUGCCCCACUUACACGAAUAACACCCACGGUAACGGCACAGCCUCCAGCUCCUGCCUGGCCAGGGACUUUGUCAAGCGGCUGAACUGGUCCUGCAGCACAGACUUCACUGCGGCCUGUCGCCCGGGGGCUGCCCAGGCCCUGGGGCUGCAGCUGCUGCUACGCUGCGGCGUGGAGACCCUGCAGCCACAGCUGGACAAGCUCUUGACCGAGGAGGUUUCCUCUCUGGUGGCUCAGGCCACCACACAGCUGGUCCUCCUGCUGCUGGCCCUGGAGGAGAGACAGAUGACCUCACUGCACGUCACCGAAAACCUCCGGCUCAGCGUGCUGCAGUCUGUCGUCCGCUACCUGGACCGCGAGACGGACUUCAGCAACAAGAGAGUGCUGCUUCAGUGCUUUGGGAAGGUGCUGACCAGCCUCAUACAGACCGGCAGAGAUGUGACUACUGAUGACUACUUUCAUAUCAAGGAGUAUUUCCGCAUCCCCCCGGCCAGCCUGAGAGCCGUGCUCAGCGCUGUGGAUGUCAUGACAGUCAGGCAGAUCCUGCUGUACUACAGCAGGAACCAGGACACUCUGCAGGCCUCCACAGACUACCUGCAGAGCAUGGUCUCCAUCUUCUUCCAGACUCAUCUGGCCAGAGACGCAAGCCUUUUCCCUGACCUGGUGCCCCUGCUGGACGCAGCCAGACCUGCGGACAUCCUUGCUCUGCCGGCGCUGCAGGACAAGGCAAACGUGCUGCAGACGAUCAACACCCAGAUCGGCAGCCUCUCCCUGGAGCAACGGCGAGCAUUCGGAAAGUGGUUUAGUCAAUCUCUCAGCUUCCUGAACAUGACAGCUGCAGGCCCAUCUCUCAUCGCGGACAUCGGGAACCUGAUAACCUACCUGCCAUUCUCCAGCUUCCAGCACCUCUCACCUGCUCAGCUGCUGGACGGGUUGGACGUCUUACUGAUAAACCCACUGAGCCCCCUUCAGGAGCAAUUUGUGGCUCAGUCCAUUUUAGGAAUGUUCACAAACCUAACAGCAGAAGACUUCCAAAGGUUGGGGGACCUGACGUGCCUCGCACACCCGAAGGACCUGCUGGCGUACAGGAACUCGCAGGCCUUCGGGGUGAUCCAGGAGAACGUGCGGAGCUGCGUGAGCCAGGGACUCAAAGUGCCUAGUGACAUGGUCUCUGGCUUGUUCCUAAACAGCACUGAGCUGCAGGAGCCGGCUUCUCUGAGCCCUGAGCGCAUCAGGCAGCUGGCUGUCUUCCUGCCCUGGCUGGGUGCCGGCUUCCUCAGGCAGCUCAGCCCCUCGCAGCUCUACCCGGCGCUGCCUGAGCUGGCUGCUGUGCCCUUCACGCCUGUACAGGCGCGAGAAAUCGUGGACAAGGUGCUGUCUAAUAAGAGUUGGGAGAUACCUGGGCAGCUGCUAAGCCUUGGUGAGCUGGUCAGUGGCCUGAAGGUGGAGACCAUCUGGGCCCUGCCCUCCGACUCCCUGCUCGCCACCCUGCCCGACAUCGCCCUUCGCCACCUCAGCGACCCACAGGCCAAUGCUAUCGCCACCAAGCUCUGGGGCUCCUUGGAGGUGCCCAGGUGGCUGGACCAGGUGGAGCCUCUGCUCUCCAGGACGCCGCUGCUCUGCGUCAUUCCCAGGGUGACUCUGCUGCUCAGCAACCAGACCAUGGCGCAGAGACGUCCCUGGAACACGCAGCAGGCUAAAGUUCUGUUCAAGGAAGCAGCACAGAGCACAGCUAAGCUUUCUACGGCGGACUUCCUAGCUCUGGGGACGGUGGCUCAGGGGGUGGACUGUAGGACCCUGCGGCAGCUUGUCCUGGCCCAGCCAUUGUCCUCCGCCAUGCGCAGUGUCCUCGCCUUCCUGCGGCAGCAGCCGGUCCUGCUCCACACCUCCCUGAAAAAGUGCAUCAUUGAGGAGCUCUAUCAGUUUGACUUCUUCUCAGAGCUCCUGGGAGAGCUGGGCUCUCAGAUCGCACUUGAGCUCUCGAUGAGCACCAUCAAGAAGUUUUCAGUGGACAUGAUGGACACUUUGAGAGAAAUGGUCGUGCAGGACCCGUAUCCCUUCCUCCGCCUUCCCAGUAUCAAGCAGGCGCUGCUGGUGGACAAGAUGACGCAGAGGCUGCGUAUGUAUACGGGCCAGUACUCAGAGGAGGAGUUCCGCUCCCUGGGCAUCAUGGCGACAUUUGUGGUGGAUGAGGUCUUUGCACAGCUGGACCGCAGCUUCUUUGUUGAGAACCUGGAGUUCCUCAGAGGGUUCUGCUACAGCAGGAGCAAGCGGGACAUGGUGGCGCGGUUCCUGCAGGAACCCAGCACCUUCGGGCCAGUGAGGUACUGGAAGUCUCAGAUCUUGGACCAGGUUGACAGGUUCAUCUUCUUCCUGCCCAAAGAGGUCAUCCAGAUGAUCCCCUCGGAGCUGGUGACCCUGGAGCGCAUAGAGCGCCUGUUCCUGACCCAGCAGCAGUGGGAGUCGGGGCCGGUAGGCCGCCUCUGUAGGCAGGCCAGCGAUCAGACCGAGCUGCAGAGGAUGUUCCAGAAGCAGCAGUUUGUGCUCCAGUUCUUCCUGGGCUUCCUGAGGGCAGGCCGCGUGUCGGCGAUGCUCAUUCCCAGCUGCGAGAACCUGCACGCAGUACCGGCCUCGGCCUGGAGUCUGGACAGCCUGCUGGGCAUGUCUGCUGGAGCCUUCAGCAGCUGCCUGGAGCCGAUUGGCCAGGACCCUUUCCUCAGUCCCUAUGAACUGACGCAGCUCCUAAGCAAAGUCAAAAAGACCUACGGACCAGCGUCCUCCUUCUCUACCUCGGUGGUGUCUCAGCUUGGGCGCUUAGCUUUGCGGCUGACAGAGGAGGAGCUUGGUUUGCUCAGCCUGACAGAGCUGAGCUCCAUCUCCACGCUCGGGGCCAUCGGUGACUGGAGCACCAGACAGCUGUCUGUCCUCUUCUCAUCGGUGCUGAACUCGACCAGACUGACCCCCAGCCAGCUGGACUCCAGUACCCUGGUGGCCCUGGGCCACAUAGUGUGUGGGAUCAAGACCUCGGACAUGCGGAACCUGAACGCGGUGGAGUUUGGUAAGGCAGUGCUGUGGUUGGGGAGUCUCAGGCUCUCCUGCUCAGAGGAGCAGCUCCAGGUCCUGGUGGGGCUCUUGAGCCACAGUCUGGCCUUUGGGCCAAUCAGCUCUUGGGGUCCUGAGGUCUUCAUUGAGAUUGGAGCUUUGGCAGCUGGCCUCCCAGACAUGGCCAUGUCAGCGCUGGUGAAGGACCAGAUAGAGGGCAUCACCCCAUUGGCUGUUUCUCUCAUUCCAGACCAGAAAUUUGCUGUGGUGUUUGACCAGGCGCAGAUCCGCAUGUUCUCCUACGAACAGGCCAUCGCUGUGACCGAGGCUCAGCGGUCCGCCCUGACCACAGUUCAGCAGACCGCAUUAGCCAUGGUUCUGACCCCCUGGGAGGACAAACCAGUUGACUUUCGUGGCAGGUCAUCCACCACCACGCUAUGCCCUGGUCAUUGCUCCAUCUUUCUUGAACUGCUGAUGCUCCUAAUAAUGUUCUGGCCUCCAUUCUGAAGGACGCCCUGUGUCUGCGGUGUCACGACCCACCUGCUCCACACAACAUAACCUUCCGUAUAGGAAACCAAGGGCUGCUGAGCAAUCACUAAAUUACUGGUUUUUAUUAGAUACUAUGUACUUGCGUCAGUAGGACUCACGUUACCAUCACGAAUUAGUAUUGAUUAUGUGAACUAUAAUAUUAAAAGGAUUCUGCGAUGAAGAUGCCAUCAAAAUGAACAAGCAGCUAUCCGAGUAGUUACUAAUGCAAAACAUGGCUUAUAUAAUUUCCAAAAUACAUUUAUAUAGGUCUAAGUUGUUUUGUAUAUAGAUUUGAAAAAGUACUAAGUAAACAUGACGCAAUGACGUUUGGAUUUAAAAUCCUCUGAUGCAACGCAACCUACUGAAGCAUCAACAAAUCAUUAGCUGUUACCAAGAUAUAACCACUACCCCCCCCCCCCCCCCCCCCCAAGAGUUAGACAAAACUCCCUCAAAAAAUACUUUUAUUUUCGAUAAACUCAUUAACUAACGCCUUAAGUGCAUUACUUAUGUUUCAGUGUGAAAAUUAUCCCUAGUAUAUAAUAACAAUGAAAUGGAAUUGAACCGAAUUGCUAAAAUUUUAUGGUUUGUAGUAAUAAAGAGUGAAUAAAUGGGAAACAGGUUUUUCUUGUUUGUGUAUAUUUUGGUAACUUUUAAAGAGAAAUGUCUAUAAUUUAUUUGCAAGCGCAAGUGAUGUUUAAGAAAAUACUUAAGUGUGUUAUCUGCAUGCAGUUUAUGUAAGAAGUUCAUAUGAACAUACUUGUUGUGAGUUCUGUGGUGUUGCAUUAAACAAUGGCAUGGAAACGUUAAUUCAAUAAAAUAAAAAAACUGAAAAGUCAAAACGUAGCUGAGCCUCUUCUGCAGCGUACUGAGAACGUGGACACUACUGCCAACCAGAUUGACGCGACUCGCUCCGGAGCCGCACGCGCCUGCGUGGAUA